AAAAAUAUAAUAAAGAGAAAUUGGUGGAUUAUAAGAGAAAGGAGGAGGGAGAGAAAGGAAAAUAAAGAGAAAUGGGGAGAGGGAGAGUUGAGCUGAAGAGGAUAGAGAACAAGAUCAACAGGCAGGUGACUUUUGCAAAGCGGAGAAAUGGACUUUUGAAGAAAGCGUAUGAGCUUUCGGUUCUAUGUGACGCUGAGGUUGCUCUCAUUAUCUUCUCCAAUAGAGGAAAGCUGUACGAGUUUUGCAGUAGCUCUAGUAGCAUGCUCAAGACACUGGAAAGGUAUCAGAAGUGCAACUACGGAGCUCCAGACACAAGUGUAUCCACAAGAGAGGCACUGGAACUGAGCAGCCAGCAGGAAUAUUUGAAGCUUAAAGCACGCUACGAAGCCCUACAGCGUACUCAAAGGAACCUUCUUGGUGAGGAACUUGGGCCUUUGAACAGCAAGGAGCUGGAAUCACUUGAAAGGCAACUUGAUAUGUCACUGAAGCAGAUCAGAUCAACACGGACUCAAGCAAUGCUGGACACUCUCCAAGAUCUUCAGAACAAGGAGCAUGCCCUCAAUGAAGCUAACAAGAGUUUGAAACAACGGUUGAUGGAGGGAAACCAGAUGACCUUGACUUGGAACCAAAAUGCUCAAGAUGUUGGGUAUGGAAGACAACCCCAACACCAACCUCAAGCUGAUGGAUUUUUCCAUCCUUUGGAAUGUGAACCCACUCUACAAAUUGGGUACCAUACCGAUCCAAUAACAGGUGCAGCAGCAGGGCCUAGUGUGAAUAACUACAUGUCGGGGUGGCUACCAUGAUAAGUGUUUCGACCAAACUUCCAACUCUGGUGUGAAGUUUGAUCUCUCUCAUAAAACUCAGGGAAAAUUUCAAUCUUUUCAUUUCUGUGUGUUCUUUUCAUAAAAGCAAACAUGUUUAACUUCAUGGAAUUUCAUAAGACAUUGGUUUUAUUAUCUUCCAACAUGUUGGAGAAUUGGAACUACUAUUGUAAGUCACUUUGUGGAAUUUGAUUCUUACUUGCUAUGCAGAAUGUGUAAAGAGAAUCUUUCAUGUUUCUGUUCA